AUGUCACUUAAGAUCGUCUCUGAUGAGGAUAAUCGAGAGCGUAUGUUGCGUGGGGAGCUUUAUCACCCGAUGAAAGAAGGCCUUAUACAGCUCCGAGCCAAGGCUAAGGUGUGGUGUAGGCAGUAUAACCAAACCGACGAUGAUGCAACUGAUUUCAUUCAAGUUAGAGAGCGACUUUUGAAAGGCGCUCUGGGUAGCUGUGGCAAAAGCCCUUUCAUUGAGCCGCCCUUCCGCUGUGAUUAUGGCUCCAAUAUAUAUAUCGGUGAUAACUUCUAUUCCAACUACGAUCUUGUCAUACUUGACACAUGUCCUGUCCGGAUCGGGAACAACGUCUUUCUCGGGCCUGGUGUGAAUCUUUACGCCGCGGACCAUCCGAGGGCAGCCUCGGCGCGUAAGCAUCUCAUAGAAUAUGGCGCACCAAUUACGAUAGGAGAUGACGUGUGGAUCGGAGGCCGUGUUGUGGUCCUCCCAGGAGUCACCAUCGG